GGGUUUUGACCUGCUACACUGUUUGUUUUAAUAAGGAGCAGAUAUUUGACAUAGAAUGAGCUAGCUGAGUCCCGUGCAGGCUCUCUGUUCAGGUGGCAGCUUGGAAAAAACACUCUACCGUUGCAGCACUGUAAAUGUAAACGAUAGUUUUGUCAUGCCCUUUAAUUCUGUAUUGGGGCAUUUAUGUGGUAGACAUUUCCUAGAUGCCUGCAAAACGUGGACUAGAAGGAAAUCCUCCAAAGGAAUGGGUAUCUGGCCCAUCCAUAUUGUGGCCUUUUCAAAUAAGGGAUCUCAGCUUAUGAUUUCUCCUUCCAGAAGAUGAAAUGCUUUCCCUGCAGUUUUUUGCAGGCAUUUAAAUCUUCCACUCCUGGAACAAGUACACUGAUGUCAGCUUCAUCCUUUGAUCAAGCUGACAUUAUUUCAACAGUUGAAUUCAACUACUCUGGAGACUUGCUAGCUACUGGAGACAAAGGAGGACGAGUUGUCAUAUUUCAGAGGGAGCAGGAGAGUAAAAACCGACCUCACUCAAGAGGCGAAUAUAAUGUUUACAGUACUUUUCAGAGUCAUGAACCUGAGUUUGACUAUUUGAAGAGUUUAGAAAUUGAGGAAAAAAUUAACAAAAUUAGAUGGCUACCCCAACAAAAUGCUGCUCAUUUCCUGCUCUCUACAAAUGAUAAAACUAUUAAACUGUGGAAAAUAAGUGAAAGGGACAAAAGGGCAGAGGGCUACAACUUAAAAGAUGAAGACGGAAGACUGAGAGAUCCUUUCAGAAUCACAUCACUACGGGUACCUGUUUUGAAGCCCAUGGACUUGAUGGUAGAAGCAAGUCCUCGAAGAAUUUUUGCAAAUGCUCACACAUAUCACAUUAACUCCAUUUCAGUAAAUAGUGAUCAUGAAACCUACCUUUCUGCAGAUGACUUAAGAAUAAAUCUAUGGCACUUAGAAAUCACAGAUAGAAGUUUUAACAUUGUAGAUAUAAAACCUGCCAACAUGGAAGAAUUGACAGAAGUCAUUACAGCGGCAGAGUGUCACCCACAUCACUGUAAUGUAUUUGUGUACAGCAGUAGCAAAGGAACUAUACGGUUAUGUGACAUGCGUGCAGCAGCCCUCUGUGACAGACACACAAAGUUUUUUGAGGAGCCUGAAGAUCCAAGUAGCAGAUCUUUCUUUUCAGAAAUCAUCUCCUCAAUAUCUGAUGUUAAGUUCAGUCACAGUGGCCGUUACAUGAUGACAAGAGACUAUCUCUCAGUCAAGGUGUGGGAUCUCAACAUGGAAAAUCGACCAGUAGAAACUUACCAGGUGCAUGAAUACCUUCGUAGCAAGCUGUGUUCAUUGUACGAAAAUGACUGCAUUUUUGACAAAUUUGAGUGCUGCUGGAAUGGUACUGAUAGUGCUAUUAUGACUGGCUCCUACAAUAACUUCUUCAGAAUGUUUGAUAGAAACACCAGGAGGGACAUCACGCUUGAAGCAUCCAGAGAAAGCAGCAAACCACGUGCCAUGUUGAAGCCACGCAAAGUGUGCACAGGUGGUAAGAGGAAGAAAGAUGAGAUAAGUGUUGACAGUCUGGACUUCAACAAGAAGAUUCUCCACACAGCCUGGCAUCCGAAAGAAAACAUCAUUGCAGUAGCAGCCACCAACAACCUGUAUAUAUUCCAGGACAAAAUCAAUUAAGAAUGGCUGUUGUUUGAGGGCAAAGUCUUGUUCUUGCAUAGUUAAGCCUAGUUGUUUAUCUGUAAAAGAAACGGCCUUCUUGUCCUCCUAGUGAAGAAUUUGAUGCACUCAUCUCCUUGUUUAGCAGAUGGAGAAAAGAGGGCCUGUUUCUUUGAGUCAGUGGUGUAUUAAGCCUUCAGUGGGAGGGCACAAUCAAGGGUUCUCUAACCAAGAGAGGGCCAAAAGAAGCAGAAUUGAUGGACAGCACUCAGUAGAGGCCAAAUGCUCAAAACAUAGUGUAUUUAUUUAAGUCUGAGCCUUUUAUGAUUUAUUGACCAAAUUAUGGAACACCCAAGGAAUGACAUUUUGUCAAACUUGUAGUCUCUUUACUGUAAUUUUGGGCCUUUUUUUAAAAAGAAAUUUUGCUUGAUGAUGCCUGUUAACAUUCCUCCCCUGGCCUUCCUUCAAGGCUCUGGUGUUUUACAUUUUAAGCACUUACAAGAGGUCUCGAGUUUGGUCAGUGGACAGGUUUUUUUUUCUUUUUUCAUGCAUAGUAACAUUUACUCACUGACUGUAUCUAUAUAACCACACCAUUUGGUGUCAACCACUUAAUAAAAGUAACAAAACCUUUAAAGAGAUGUGUUUUUAAAUUUUGAAAAUAUGUAAUAAAUUCUUAUGUUCUCUUUUAUUGCUUUGCAUGUAUUGACAUUGUGGAUUCAAAUUACAAUGGAGGGGGGAAGGCAAAACAAGUUACCCCACUGGCUAUUUCAGUAGCAUGAUUAGGGAGGACAAAAUCUGAAGUACUUGAAGCUGCAGAAAUACCAUCGGAAGCUGGUUGUCAGUCGUGUUAAUUGUAAAAAUAACUGUACAUAUAUCAUUAGUUCCAAAUAAUGGUGUAGGCUGAUACCACAAUAGAAAGCAAUAGGCAGUAAUAAAAAGGGAACCUGCAGCCUUAAUACCUUUCGUAAUGUCUUGCUAAUAAAUUUUAAAGAAUACCUGUAAUAACCAUAACGUUACAUGUCCAGUUGCACCCAAAAUGUUUUACUAAGUACCAUACCUUAUGUGCAUUAUUUUUUAAUAACUUUUUUUUAACAUUAUCUCCUCUCAGAACAUUAUAUUGCUGCUAUUAGUGGCUCUACGUUUGUCAAAAUGACAGUCAAGAUUCUACAAUCGACAGUAAUGCAGGUAGUACACACUAAGAUAUAAAAUAUUAUUGUAAGUGCUGAGUGCCUCCCUUUCAGAGAAGCUGGAAAAUAGAUUACCAUUCUGUUAAUAAAAAUAGGCAUUACAUUGUCACUAAUACAAAAUGGAAUGUUAGAGCAAGGAUCAAUAAAUGCCCCUUAUUUUCCAGUGGGAUGCCACUUUGGUUAGCAUUGUGCAUUGCAAACACUUAAGUUAAAAAAAUUAAGGGUGAACAGUACAAGUAAGUUAUCAAUAUAUUGUAUAUUGGUUGUGACACUAUUUUUAAAAUCAGGAACUUUCUGGUCAUUUAAGCAUUCAGUCUGACCUUGUUCCCUGUUGAAUAAUGAUGCUAACAUGGUGGAAUUGUAUACACUUGUUUGAUUUUUUUGACCAAAGUUAAAUAAAUUUUAAUUGUGUUUACCUGAAUUAGAACUGUUUAUUCUACCAACUUGAACACCCAUUUGGUUGGAUUUAAUUACAUGGGUAAAAUCGACUUUUCUUGGCAGUUCAGAUGAAUGCCGUUUGCAAUUUUAAAUGUUUUUCUUUGCGAACUGUUAUUUUAUACCACAAAGCCAUAUGUAUUAACUCAUGUUACUACAGACCUCUUUACUUUUGACCACCUUAACAAACAAAUCUGUUAUGACAGCAUGUUUUAAUUCUCUUAGUUCAAAAAUGAAUCUUGCAGAAUUAUGUACCUGUUUUUUUUUUUAAUUCCUUUUAAUGACAAAAUUAAAAACUAUUAUGGUUAUGGGAUAAUAAAGGUAUUUGUACAUUC